CAGAUGGGUUCCAACCAAGAGAGCAAGAAGCCUCAUGCUGUGUUGAUUCCUUAUCCAGCUCAAGGCCAUAUCAAUCCAAUGCUCAAACUAGCAGAACUCCUUCUCUUUCGAGGUUUCUUCAUAACCUUCAUCAACACUGAGUUCAACCAUAAACGCUUGCUCAAGUCAAGGGGUCUCAAAGUUCUUGAUGGGCUCCCAGAUUUUCGAUUUGAAACCAUCCCAGAUGGUCUUCCUCCUCCUGCUAAUGAUAAUGUUACUCAAGACAUACCCUCUCUCUGUGAGUCUACCACUAAGAACUGCCUACUCCCCUUCCAGAACCUUCUUGCUCGGCUCAAUGAUUCUGCCUCCCAAGAGCUUAUUCCCCAAGUCACUUGCUUGGUUUCUGAUUGUCUCAUGACUUUCACUGUGGAAGCUGCUGAAGCAUUUGGUCUCCCUGUUGUUCUACUUUGCCCUGCAAGUACUUACUCAUUCUUGGCUGCUGUGCACUAUAGGAAUCUAGUCGAAAGAGGCCUUGUACCACUUAAAGACGAGAGUUAUCUGACAAAUGGAUACUUGGAGAAAGAAAUAGAUUGGAUUCCGGGUAUGAGAAAUAUCAAACUAAAGGAACUUCCCAGUUUUGUGAGGACAACGGAUCCAAAUGAUUUGAUGGUGAACUUUAUCAUUAAAGAGAUGGAAAGAGCUCAGAGAGCAUCAGCCAUUUGUUUCAACACAUUCAAUGAGCUUGAAGGUGAGGCAGCGAAAGCCCUUUCCUCCAUUUUCCCAAAUCCUCUUUAUACAGUAGGUCCUUUCCCUUUAUUGAUAAACGAAAGUCCACAACACAACCCAUUGCCAUCUCUAGAUCUUAGUCUUUGGAAAGAAGACACUCAAUGCCUUGAUUGGCUAGAAACCAAGGAACCUAGGUCUGUGGUUUAUGUGAAUUUUGGAAGCAUCACAAUUAUGUCCCCAGAACAACUGUAUGAGUUUGCUUGGGGUUUAGCCAAUAGCAAGAAACCCUUCUUGUGGAUCAUAAGACCUGACCUUGUGAAUGGUGGCUCAGUGAUUCUAUCUUCUGAGUUUUUGAGUGAAACCAAAGAAAGAGGCUUCAUAGCAAACUGGUGUGAACAAGAAAAAGUGUUGAACCACUCGUCCAUUGGAGGCUUCUUGACACAUUGUGGGUGGAACUCUAUGACUGAGAGUAUUUGUGCAGGAGUUCCUAUGGCGUGUUGGCCUUUCUUUGGAGAUCAACAAACCAAUUGUAGGUAUGCAUGCAAAGAGUGGGGAAUAGGGGUUGAGAUUGACAAUAAUGUGAAGAGAGAAGAAGUGGAGAAGCUUGUGAAUGAGUUGAUGGAGGGAGAGAAGGGGAAGAAGAUGAGACAAAAAUGUUUAGAGUGGAAGAAAAUUGCAGAAGAGAACACACAACCUGGCGGUUCUUCAUUCAUCAACUUGGAGAAAGUGAUCAAGGAUGUGCUACUACAACAAAAAAAAUUAGAUACCCAUGUUCAGAUUUAUCCAAUAUAAAUCGUAUCAAUGGUGAAAUUUGCUUGUAAUAAAUGAUGAUAAAAACUUAUUUCUUCAAUAUAACAAUUAUUGGAUUAUAUAUUCCAUAACUGCAGUUGAAAUGGUUUUGUUCAAG